AUGGUUCGAGUCACCGACGAGCUGGUCCUCGCGCAAGACCAGGUCAAUUUGUAUUAUACCACCGAUGCGCAUCUGGGCAACCUUCCCGUCCUUAUAUUUCACGGUUCUUCGACGACUAGUAAUUCCACGCUUAACAGCUCGCGGAUCCAGAUCCACGUCUUCACCGCAGCGGGUUUCCAGAGCUAUCAACGCAUCACCAUAUCGCCGCAUUCGCCAUUCUAUCAAUCAGUCAACUAUCUACCGCGCGAGAAACAGGGAGAUGAGAUAUGUCGUGGUCUGGCGUUUGGGUUGCUGAAAUACUUCAAGGAGCUGCCCGAGGUGGUGAAGAGUGGUUUGAUCCUUCAGACGGCUGGGUUCAAGACGAGAAGACCUGGGUCUGCGCCGGCGCUUUUUGGGGAACAACAUGCGGCUGAUGUGGUGGGAUCGAUGGUCAAGGUGGAGAAUAUUGGGGAGGUUAUAAAUGAUAUUUCGGCUGCUUUGCGACCGCAGUGUAUUAAUCAUGCGGAUGUGGAUUUGGUUUUGCCGCCUGGGUCUAUAAGUCCGUUUAGGGAAGAGGAAGUGGAUGAGAAUGGGGAGGAGGAGGAGGAAUUACUCGAUCCGACAUUGAAGCAGUAUGGAGUCUAUGCGCCGCUGGUUCAGUUGUUUGGAGAAACGGCAUUUUUACCGACUUCGAAACUACGAAGAGCCCCCUCGAAGCCGACUGCGCUCAAUCGAACGAGAUCGUUUUUGAAAGAUCAGAAGAUGUCUUUGCGACGAGAAAUGGCAGAGCUAUCAGAUACGGAAGAGCGAUAUGUUGUUAAAAUGCACGAGCUGGUCAACCAUAUCGCAGAUGAUUUCCGGACAAAAGCUAGGGAGCGCGCGUUUGGGAGUUUUAGUCCGUCAGAAGAGGAUUUGCAGAAAUUGUUUCCAAAGUGCUUGGAUCGAAUUCUACAAAUCAAUUCUGCCUUUCUAGCGGCCAUUCGCAAGAUUAUGGAUGACACGGAAGAAGAUGCAAUGCAGGAUUUGGAAACACCUGUUGGCUCGACUGGAUCUCGAUAUGGAGGGACUGGCCGUCUAAGAGAUCCUACUGGAGCGCUGGCUUUCGCGAAAGUUCUUCUGGAGUGGUUUCCUCAAUUUACGGAAUGUUAUCAGGAUUAUAUCAAUGCCAGUCAGGAUUUUCCGAACAUUAUUUCAAUAUUUGUGAAGCAGCAAUCGAGUUUUUCGCAGAGAGUUGCGCAGACGGGGGAGCAGCGCUUGCGGUCUGCUGUGAUCGAACCGGUUCAGCGAUUACCUCGCUACAGUCUAUUUAUUGAUAAUAUUGUCAAUUACCUCCCGGUUGGCCACCCAGCUCUACAGCCAAUGCUUAAAGCUAGAGAUAUUAUUACAUCCAUAUGCUCCAUGGAUCCACCUUCAACGGACAAGUCUCAAGUCGUUAACCGCCUCAAGAACAUCGUGGAGGCAUGGCCCUCGUCACUCAAUCCACAAGGACGAAUUAUUGCUGCUGUUGACUUUUCUGAAUUACCAGCUCCAUUUCAUGUUGAGGCGUCACCGGUCUAUGGCAGCCAAAGAGAAGGCUUGUUUUUACUGUUUGCCGAUUCUUUGAUUAUACUUCGUAAAGCUCCGGGAACCAGUCUCUCUGCUAGAGGUGUUAUGGCAGAGAUUGAUAAACCAUCUGCGCUUUCUAUGAUGGCUUCAGCAACUGCUGCUGCUGGGGGUCAGCGACGUGUUUAUGAUUUGACUUUUGGAGGCUGGCAUGCACUUAAUGAUACUCGCUUCACUAUGUCUGAUGAUGGGCGCCUGGUAUGGAUGUCUUCAUUAGCUGACCUGAAGGAUAUUGGCUCUGGGCGUGAGCGAAAUGCUCCAGCAACCACAAUUCGCGCAUUCUUUCUUCAAGGAUCAUAUGAGAGUAAAGCAUUCAAAUUCACAGAAGAGAUAUCGAGGGCUAGAGUGGAAGGCAGGUUUGCGGAAGCAGAACGAGAGACUGAUAAAUGGUGUUUGCGCUCGACGAGAGGAGUCGCUGCUGAGGUCAGUUUCCAUACUGCUGUAUUCGAAGAAGGUAUUGGCACAUUAGUAGAGGGUCGAAAGGAACCUGCUCCAAUCCGAAUAGUGGUUGAUCACGAGCAUGGUACGAAGGGUGCUCCAGUAGGUCAUUAUGGUGUUGAGAUUGUUGCCAACGUAACUGCCGUUGGAGGAGGAAAGUUCCGCGUAGAGGUUGACGGGCUUCAUGACCGAGUAUUUGUUGAUGAGGUUGUUGCGGAACACUUCUUGCCAACCUUUGCGAAAAGAACGGCUGAUCUCCUACGCCUGCAACACUCAUCUAGUAAUCCCGCUUUAGUUUCACCUCUGAUUUCUUUCAACACAAAGAUCCUCAAAUCACUCCAGAUUCAAGUUAAUGGCGAGAAGGCAAAAAGUUCUAGACCAGCUUCUCCAGUCAAGAUGCUUUCCAGUUUCCUCAGCAGUAACUUCAAUGCUUCAGUGACGUCUUUCAAAGAUUCAGGCUCAUUACACUCAACUCCAAGAAACACUCGUACUCCUACAAUGGGCAGCAUUCCAUCGAUACAGGCACCUCAAAUCACACGCAGCAAUAGUAAUAAAUCAACACACUCGGUUCAAGACUUCAUGGAAAAUAAGGGCAGCGUACGUGGUGGUAUAGAAGAAGCUCGACCAGUAAAUCCGCUCGUUCGCCUCGAGGAAACCUUUACCGGCUAUAUUGCAGCUCUUCAGUCACGGAAAGGCAAUGUGGUAGGGAGGGUGCUCAGAAAUCGAGCCAACGCGGAUGAAUUGGCUAUCAACGCAAUCUACAACUCCUUUAUCGAGAAUCCUUUCGAUCAAAGAGCUGCCUCGGAGGUCUCGGUAGACAUUAUUUUUGUGGCAUUUGAGAAGUAUCUGAGAAUGGCAUGGAAAGAUCAAAUGGGACAGGUCAUGUCCUCACAUAGCCUGGACGGAUUGCAAGCAAAUGCGCUGAAACUUCAUCCGGGUGAUUUUGCUGAUUACGUCAAGAUGGUCUUUGGCGAUAUGGCACCGCAAAAUCGAAGAGCGUUUAUCUCAAUCAUUAAGCUUCUCGCAGAUCUCUUGGAGGGUUGCGGGAAUGAUGGUGAUCGAGGUGCAAUGACUGCUGCUUUUGCUGAGCUGCUUGUCACUGAUGGGGAACCACACGAUUAUAUCAAUCUGCUAGACCGUAUGGUUGAGGACUCCGAAAGAAUAUUCGAAGAUAUCGGGCCUGGAGCUGUGAGCAACAAUGCCAACUUUGGUUCAAUCUCGGGCAGCCGAUCUACACAUUCCGCUACUGGAUCUUUAACUUCAAAUGCAUCUUCUCUCCGACGCCGGUUUGCAGACACCAUUCUACGACAGAACAGCACUAAAGAUGAGCGCCCGUCAGUUUGGAGGACACUUAGCAAGACAAGUCGCAGUGUUGCUACUGGCGAACCUAUUCCUUCAAGCCUUUCGAAAGGGUCGUCUCUCAACCGCUCCAGGUCUAUUGAGUCUCCAGGUAGACGUCCUAUAUCUAGAGAUAGACCAACGGUACUCGGCGCCUUUGAUGAAAGGCCAAGUAGCGCGAAAGGGGAACCCUCAAGACUGAGUACGAUUGGGGCUUCACCUCCAUCAGAGGAGAAGAAAGACGCGAGCAAGUUGAAGAAGAAACGACGCAGUUCUCUUUCCGAUUUGAAAUCUUUGAUGGCAGCUGCUACUCUAGGAGACAGCUCUCCCAUGUUACCCUCACCGAAUCGACUGAAAGGAUUGAAGCUCAGUGCAUCGCCACGAACACCAUCUCCGACGAAGAUUCCGGUAGUGAAUGGCGAGAGAGGUAGAUCAUCUGUCUAUCUCAAUGGUUCACCAAAGCAGAAGGAAAACACGCCAAUGUCUUCACCACGAAAUAUUGGCAGUCUUACAGAAAGACCCAGUAAUAUCAUGUCCACACCAGAUGUUGUAGUGAAGGAUUUGUGGUCGGCAGGCAAGGGCCAUAACAAAACAGUCUCUCUAUCAUCCAAUAUCCCCACGUUACGUGGCACCCCACGCGACCGCGUUCCCUCUAUCAGUCGACCAACAACAAGUGCAGGCAAAACAUCCCCCCAGAAACUCCGGCUCCAAAGCCCCCAGAAACUCCGCGAACGUCUUCAAAACGAAGCAAAAGCCAUCAGCGAAGCCGAAGCCUCACUACAAACUGAACUUUCCAAAAUCGGGGAAGAAAUGGCUAGACUGCACAGCAACUCCACCCUCCGCACCACGGACGUCGAAAAACUCACCGCCAACAUCAGCAAACUCGAAUCCAAGAUCCCAGAAAUCGUCAAAGAUCUCACCACCCGCAACGACAGCGUGAAACUCGACCUCGAGAAAUCCCUGCAAGCCUCGGAGUUCAAAGUCAAAGGCCUGGAUCAGCUGUAUAAGGAAAGUAGCGCGGAGAAUGAGCUCCUGUAUGAGAAGUUUAAUGGGGAGCUCGGCAAGAUCGUGAAGGCGCUCAAGGGGAAGGGGAAGGAGGAUAAGGAGAUGUUGGUGGGGAAGUUGAAGGAGCAGGGGGAGGAUGUUGCGAGGGUGCGAAAGGAGAAUGCGAGGUUGAAGAGGGAGGUGCUUACGCUGCGGGCGUUGCUGAAGGGGGGGGAGGUCGAGGGGAAAAGUGGGUAG